CAUAGCAGGAAUGCCUACGGGGGUUGGGAAUGGCAAAAUAGAAUUCUGUAGAAGGCCUCUAGUGAUAACAGCAACAAGCAGUGGUGGAGUUACAAUGGCCCCCAGGAAAACUAGCUCAGUAAGCUUCCCUGGAUUGUCAAGACUAGGUGUUCCUCACACUGAUCUCCAUGUCCGCGAAAUCGUUGAGAGGCAGUCGCAGGUUUCAUUGUUUUGUAAGGAAGAUUCCUGCAGAAGAAAGCCUGGGUUCGCUCCUUUGUUCCUUGAAGAAGCUUAUCAAAGAUGCGGAAAUAUUUGUGCCGAAUAUGCAAAGACUUUUUAUCUAGGUACCUUGUUAAUGACAAAGGAGCGACAAAAAGCGAUAUGGGCGAUUUACGUUUGGUGCAGGAGGACUGAUGAGCUGGUUGAUGGGCACAAUGCUGUAUGUAUGAGCUCCAGCGUUCUUGAUAGAUGGGAAGAAAGGCUGCAAGACAUUUUUGAUGGGCGCCCUUAUGACAUGCUUGAUGCUGCACUAACUGAUACUGUUUUCAACUUCCCUUUAGACAUCAAGCCUUUCAAGGACAUGAUCGAGGGAAUGAGAAUGGAUACGAGAAAAUGUCGAUACGAAAACUUUCAAGAACUCUAUCUUUAUUGCUACUAUGUGGCUGGGACAGUAGGCCUAAUGAGUGUUCCAAUUAUGGGAAUUGCACCAGAAUCUGCAGUUUCUACACAAAGUAUAUAUAAUGCUGCACUCUACUUGGGAGUUGGAAAUCAAUUGACAAACAUUCUCAGAGAUGUGGGAGAGGAUGCUUCAAGAGGGAGAGUUUAUCUUCCCCAAGAUGAACUAGCACAGUUUGGACUAUCUGAUAAGGAUGUUUUCUCCAGAAAAGUUAAUGAUAGAUGGAGAGAGUUCAUGAAAGAGCAGAUUAAAAGAGCAAGAUUCUACUUCAACCUCGCUGAAGUAGGAGCUACACAGCUUGACAAGGCUAGCCGUUGGCCGGUAUGGUCAUCCUUACUACUGUACAGACAGAUUCUAGAUGCUAUUGAAGAAAAUGACUACGAUAACUUGACAAAAAGGGCUUAUGUGGGAAGGACAAAGAAGUUUAUGAUGCUACCCUUGGCAUAUUUUAAAGCUCAAUCAACACCUUGCUUCAGCUUUUCUUGAAGAUAAUACUAAGAACAGAAUUAGAUUGCAUAAAGGCUUGUGUUUUUGUGAAUGUAUGUAA